CGUGUUGUCGUACUUCCGUGAGGCUGUCCUUCAUCUUGAUCGUCGCAAUGUCGAAGGACGAACAAUCGUCAAGUCUUCGUUGAUGGAAGAGCAGAAGCGUGUUUGGUUCGAGAAACAUGAGAGCGGAGGAGGAGGAAAGAGCAGCGGAGUCCUGCAGCCUCCCGAAGAGGUCCUCAAAGCUCAUCAACGGUUCAAAAACAAGCUACGAAAGGCCCUUCGAGUCGAAAAAAGAGAAGUACACAUAGCUUCUACGAAAGAAGACUUGGACAAGCAGAUCAAGGAGACCCAAGAUGGAUUCUUUCCUCAUUUAGUUGCGCAGCAGAACCUCGACGAUGCAACCAAGUCGCAAGAUAUAUACCAUGCCGACCGAACGCAUGGCGCCAAACGAGUUGGACGAUGGGCACAAGAAUUCGCCAAUGGGUUCAGUCAGUUCGUCAGCGCAUAUUCAGGCAUCAUAGAUGUCGUCCAGAAUGCUGCAGGGCCGUAUGGAGAUGUAGCAUAUCAAACCCUGUCUAUAUUCCUCAUUGUCGUGGUGAAUAAAAGCAGUAAUGAUAUCAAAAUCAAGGAUUUGCUCGAUGAUAUGCGAAAGUCUUUCCCUCGCCUGGAGAAUUGGGCUGAUAUCUACCCUACUACGACAAUGAGAAAAUUAGUUGCAGAUGCUUAUGAGCAGGUCAUCGAAUUCUCUCGAGCUGCUACGGAGUACUUCACACACUUCUUGACGAGAUUCACAUUGGCAAUCAUUGCCCCGCCAUCCACGGGUGUGGAUAAAAUUGCAGCUCUCAUCCACAAGACGCUCGCAGAGAUCAAUUCGGAAGCCAUGUACAAACUACAUGGUCGAUCACAAGAUAUCCAAACUCAGGUGAACAAGUCUGGUCAGCAUAUUGAAGAACUUAAAGCACAAGUUACUAUCUCCGGUGAAAAGAUCCAAAAGCUCCAGGUUUAUGCAGAGAGAAUGGAAGACACGAACGACUGGCUACGACGAGCUUUGCAGGAGCAGUCGGAUAAGUUCGAUGCAUACAAGAAGGAGGUCGAGCAACGAGCGCAACAAGAAGACGAACAACGACUGAAAACUCUGGAAGAAGAGCUUGGGGUAACAUUCCCAUCCCCAGAAACCAACGUCGAAGAAACCAAAAGAUACCUCAAACAAGUCUUCCCCAACUCGCCACGCUACGUAGCACACAUGCCCGAAACAGCCUACGUCCAAAUGAACCGCGCCCUCCUCCAAAAAACCGAAAUCUACCGAAGCUGGAUCUCCUCCACCGACUCCUGCCUGCUAUUCCUCAGCGGCAAGACCGCCUACGACGGCCGCCACUACAGAGGAUGGAGCCAUUGCUGGCUCUCACCGGCUGCUAUUUAUAUCACUGAAGAUCUUGCGAGAGAGGAUAUUCAUGUUGCGUUCUUUUCUUGCCAUCCGGGGUUGGAAAGUAAGGUUGUCCCUACGAAGCAAAUUAUCUCGUCGAUUAUUCUCCAGAUUUUGAUGAGGAAACCGCAUAUCCUGCGGGAGAAAGCGGUGCAGUUCCAUAGUGCGGCAUUGAGUGAUCCGUUCCGGAACUCAGCGAAUACUAAAACGCAAGCAAGAGCUAUGAUGAAACUACUCGGAGACGUCCUCGCUGCUGUGAAAGAUCUGGGAACCACCUUUAUCGUUCUAGAUAGACUGGACCAAUGUGAAGGCAAAUUUAAAUUCGUCAUGGACGAACUGGUAAGGUUAGUAGGUAAUCCGGCCUGUAAUGUCAAGAUUGCCGUUAUUGCGGAGACUUCGAUUGGGGGUGGAGAAUGGGAUCCAGAUAUGCUGUCUGAAGUUGAGUAUAAAGUAGACCGUGUGUUCCGGCGUCAGGAUUGGAAUCAGGCUCGGUUGACGAAUCUGGAGCUUAAUAGGGGAGAGAGGCCUCUGACGUGGACGAGUGAGGGGUCGACGUUGUCGUUGGGUGAUGUGACUGCUUAAUGUAUAUAUCGAACCUCAAAUAGUGUAAUUACUGUGAUAUAUCUAUCAG